AUGUUCAAAAAGUCGAGCGACGUUCGCGGGCUGCAGCGUCUGUCAGGAGCGGACCGCAAGAAGCUUCGUCGAAACAUCCGAGACAAGUUUCCAGGCGCCACUGACGAGCAGCUGGACGCGAUCCUUCCGCCCAAGGCUGACGUGGCGGUGACGAGGCUGGUGAAUCGCGUGCUGGUGUACGGACUCGAGAACGGGCUGCCCAUGCUCUUCGACUGCGACGGCCGCGGCACCGAGAUCUACCCCACUGUGUUUGCGCUCUGGCGUGUACCCGGCUUGCUGCCGUCGUUCCUGCUCACGGGUGGGGAGGUUUCGCGCUAUCUGCUUUCAGGGGCUGACCUCAUGGCGCCAGGCGUGCAGGUGCCUGCCACAGGCCUGCCAGCGUUCCAACCAGGGGAGGUGUGGUCCGUGAAGGUUCCAGGAAAUUCCUGCCCAAUUGCUGUACGUACACAUCUCCUUGCAUCCUAA